UAGAUGACCCGGAAGACACUGAAGGGGCAGUGCUUCCAGGUGGGAGUGAGGUGACCUCGGCUGCUAAAGAAGGGUAAGGCCGGGUAGCCAUGGGGGCGCACCUGGCCCGGCGCUAUCUGUGGGAUGCCUCGGUGGAGCCUGACCCCGAGAAGAUGCCCAGCUUCCCGCCGGACUACGGCUUUCCGGAGCGCAAGGAGCGAGUCAUGGUGGCCACACAGCAGGAGAUGAACGACGCCCGGCUGACACUGCAGCAACGUGACUACUGCGCCCACUACCUCAUCCGGCUGCUGAAGUGCAAGCGAGACAGCUUCCCCAACUUCCUGGCCUGCAAGCACGAGCAGCAUGACUGGGACUACUGCGAGCACCAGGACUAUGUGAAGCGCAUGAAGGAGUUUGAACGCGAGCGGCGACUUCUCCAAAGGAAGAAGCGGAGGGAACUGAAGGAAGCACUGGUGGCCCAAGGCCAGGGAGAUGGAGAGGUGGGCCCCGAGGUGGCCCUGUAGGUGGCCCUGUAGGAUCACCCGCCAGCCUGUGGACCUAGCAGUGAAAUAAAAGCGUUGGGUCACCUGCCUAAA